UGUCAUAUAAGUAAUACCUCGGUCACAUUUACUCUACGGCGGCCGUACGGCAAGUCGAAAACAGCCGUUUUAAUUUUUUUGUACCAGCUACAUAUAGUGGGGUUUGAAUAAAAAUUAAUAAAGCGGCUGAUUUCGACUCGCCGUACGGCCGUCGUAGAACAAAUGUGACCGAGGUAUAACCUCCAUCGAAUGUCACGUGCUUGGCAUAGCAAACAAUAAAUCAGGCUCUCAAGACCAAGUCAAAGAUUAACAGCACUAUAAUCCUGUUGUCUGCCCUGAGUCACGCAUAAAAGGAUCUUGACUUUUCUUUUUCAUUUUCUAACAAGUUGAGUUGAAGAUGGAAUCCGUGGUGGUAGCAUCGUUUUGCACCCUUGCAGUUUUCCUGUUUCUCCAGUUUGUCAACUACCAGGCAGCUAUUGGACCUGAUAGUCCGUUGUCCAUUGGAUGGUUUAAGAGCACUGUCAGUGCCAUCUCGAGCAAGUACCCCACCCCGGUCACCCCAGCCGGGUACACCUUCAGCAUAUGGGGUCUAAUCUACCUCUGGAACUUUGCCUGGAUCAUCUAUAUCCUGACGACCUUAUGUCGAUCAAACAGCCGUGGACCAGUCUACCGCAACCCACCUGCGACAACGGUCAUGUUCCUCAACAGCUUCAUAAUCAACAAUGUUGCCAACAUCCUGUGGCUAUUCUUGUGGGAUCGGGAGUACCUGACGAGAUCUACGUUAGCUCUCUUUCUGAUCGCACUAACCCUCUACGUAGGGUUGUACAUCAGCCUGACCAAUGUCUACCAGUAUCUCACCGAUUUCAAAGAAUAUGCAGAAUCUGAUCUUUGGGCCUAUAGAGUCUUGGUGCAUAACGGUCUAGCUAUCUAUGCUACCUGGGCUACAGCUGCAGCCCUCAUCAAUCUCUCAGUAGCACUCAUAUACGAAGCCAUGCUACCAAGCGACGUCGCCACUUACGUUUCACUGACCUCUCUUGCCGUUAUCGUCAUCGUCUACUUUGUCUUUGAGUUGUUUGUCUUCGAUGCCUACACUCGAUACGUCUUCAUGGUGUAUCCGACCUUGAUCUGGGCAUUGGCUGGUAUCAUGGUCGCUAACGGUGAUGACACUAACAGCCCAGUGUUUGUCUACAGCGCCAUUCUCGUCUCAGUCUGUUUCAUCUUCUUCAUCGUCAAGACCGUUCUUAUGAUCAUCCGCAGCCCCGUCUACCUGAUCGUCAAGAUGACCAGGGUCAAUUCGACCACGUACAAGCACAUGAUGUAGAAAAAAAGACCGACGGAUUACGGUUUUAACGAUUUCUCUUCUCUUUUUUCCUCUUCUCCUCCUCCCCUUCUUCUUCUUCUUCUUCUUCUUCUUAUCCUUAUCCUUCUUCUUCUUCCACCUCCUCUUCUUCUUUUUCUCUUUUGAUAUGAUAAUGUUGUAAUGAUGACUCAUACUAGAAUCCCUUAUUUCCUAAUUGCACGAGUCAUGUAUUUUUAUAUCAGUAUGACCCCUGUUACCGAAGGUUAUUAUGUUGUGUUUUUGUGAUUUCCAUGUAUUAUUAUAUUUUAUUGUGUAGGAAUAUGUAAUUCGGCCUUUGAGUCGCAAUUUAAUUUGUUUGAAAAAUCAAAUUCAUUAAUAUUAUAUUCUUUUCUAUUCUACAUGUAUAUAAAAACGCAACCAUAUCCACACAUCCAGCAUUCAGGAAAUUCCAGGAAAAUAAUGAUUUCAGAGAAUGCUGAGUAGCUAAUGAAAUUCACGAGGAUUUUUUUGAAAAUAAGAUUUUUGUUGACUUUUCUUGAAUAUCAAGCAGAUGAUUACUUUAAAACAUCUACCUCGCUCGCUUUGCUCUCUUCCUAAAUUUCAAAAUAAUGUAAAUUUUAUGUCAAUCAUUAUUAAUAGAAUAUUACUUCUAAUAGUAAUAGAUCUUAUAAAUCUCGGAGUCGCAAUUACAGUUACUUAAUUUCAUCUGCAGCAAAGCAAACGCAUUUAAAACGCUUGUAUGCUUUUAUAAUCUGAUUUAACAAAGUUUAGACAAAAUAAGGAAUAUUUAAUGGUUUAUUUUCCUAAUGGUAAGCAACGAAUGUAUACAUUCUUUUAGGAUUAAAGAAUCAGGAUCAAAUAUAUUUAUUUCAUUUCAAUCACAAAUAUACAUCAAAUAUAAUUAAAAAUGAAGUUAUACCAAAAGCUUGUACAAAAUAAUUUUUAAAUAUGUAUGGAAAUGAGGGGAUCCACUACGAAUCACUGCUUGUCAUGAUUGUAGAGCUAAUUACAUAAUAAACAAGUACAUGUACAAGUGUGAUAUACAGCAGUGAUUGACGAAUAACAAUGUGCAAUAAUUUCAAAUUGUAA